AUGCUGGUCACGUACUGCCUGGCGAUUGGGCCCGCCUUCUUCUUCUUCGCACACGACAUGCUGGCGGGGCUGAAGGUGGCGCUGCUCGUGUCCAUCUGCCUCACCACCGUCUCCUUCACGAUGGUGGCGUGCAGCGACCCGGGCGUUGUCUUCCAGGACCUGGAGGUGUCGACACAGCUGCAGGGAGACAUCGAGAGAGGCAUCGUCUGCGCACAAUGCGAGCUGCGACGGCCGCAGAACGCGUCCCAUUGCUCUGACUGCGGCGUCUGCGUGAGGGGGCUGGAUCACCAUUGUCCGUGGACGGGCAAGUGCGUGGGCAAGCGCACGAUCAAGUGGUUCUACGUGUUCCUCACCUUCAUCUCGCUGCACUGCAUGCUCAUUGGCGCGGUCUGCCUCGUCACGUUCGUGGCUCGAUAAAUUCAAGUUAUGCCUGUCGUCCCCGGAUGGGCGGAAAGUGGUGAGCUGUACUCAUGAGAGCAUACAUAACCAGGUUGCAACAUUAUCAGGUGUGGAGCCCUACCUGUAGUUGCUGAACACGAUGCCCGACGCGGAAUACAAUGCUGUACAUGUACAAUG